UUGCGUCAUUGUUAUUGUGGUCGCGGCAGCUCCAGCAGCUGACGGGAGAUUUCGCCACCCCAACUGGUUUCAUUGCGGCCUGCCUAUAUCUGCCCCCCCCGCGCCCACGGAACGCCUCAAACACGGGGACGAUGUCGCUGCAGAAGGACAGGUCGUCGGACGAGAGCUUGCAAGGUUCCUGGAUCGAGCUGCAUUUCAGUGGCAAUGGCUCUCAGAGUGCGAGCCUUCCCCACGGGAGCCAGGAGCAAAUCCCCACGGGCGUCCAGGAGGUGGACGUGGAGCAAAUGCUGCUGGACGCACAGCACGAGUCGGGGAGAAACAGCUCCAAAGGAAGCUCCCAGUGCAACAGCCCACUUCGUGCCCAGACCCCCCUGCUUCUGUGGAGAGGCUCGGAGGCAAACAGCAGUCAGUCGGACGAAGACUUCCAAGAAAGAAGACGGGACGUGGAGAACAUGAUGAAGAAAAAUGCCGACUGGAUCUGGGACUGGUCUAGUCGACCCGAGAACAAUCCCCCAAAGGAGUUCCUGCUGAAGAACCCGAAGCGCUCGACCUCCCUCAGCAUUCGGAACACCAGCGUCAUGAAGAAGGGAGGCGUUCUGUCCGCCGACUUUCUGAAGCUCUUCCUCCCUUCGUUAAUCAUUUCUCACAUACUUGCUGUUGGCCUAGGGAUCUACAUCGGGAAGCGGCUGACCUCCCACAACACCUACUGAGUAGGAUGGCUGUGUGUUACGACACCCGGAUGUGACCGAACAUCUAAGCAUGCCUUUGAAAUGGGACCUUCCGAUGACUGACGGGGGGGGAGAGGAGAUGUGACCAAUUACGAAGCGGUCUAAUUUUGAUGGAGUGCUCCUUUUGGCUCACUCCAGCUCGGAGAGGAUCCGCCAUCGCUGUUUCACGGCGCCGAACCCGUGAACACAGCGGGGGCCGAUCCUCUGCUCUUAGCCGUAGUUGCUGCUGUGGCCCGGAGAUCAGUGUUCUGCUGCUUCCUGCUCCUUAAAUCUGCACGUUAGGGAAAUUUAGUGUACGCUGUUGCUUUUUUCAUUUUUUUUUUUGCUAAUAGAAGUCCCUUUAGAGUUGAAAAGAUCUAUCAAUUUUUUUUUUUUUUUUAUCAGCUGUGAAGGAUUGUUUGGACUUGUAAUUCAAUUUAAUGUGUCAUUAGUUGAGCCAAAGUGUUGUGCAGAUGUAAAUUGUGAUAGUAAAGCAUUAUUAAGCAACAAUAUGGACCAUUCUGUUCAUACGACAAAAAAUAAAAGUCUGAAAUACG